UUCCAUAUGCUGUAGGUGUGGCCAUAAAAAGAAAAAAUAAAUAAACUCAGUCCCGGGUUUGGUGAAUUACUAAUGAACAGAUUUUGUAGGAAAUGAGAGGGGAACCAAUUACUUGAAAUUAUCAUAAAUAUUAUUCAUUUAAUAGAUUUUUAGUUUAUCUUUCUGACAAGUAUGUACUUUUUUGAAAGAACUAUAAGAAUGCUUUUCAGAAAUCAAUCUGUUUAUGGAAAGUGCUAGUAGGACUUGCUCCUCUUUCAGACUUUUCAAUUAGUGGGAAAUGCAUGCCCUUUGGGCAAGACAGUAUCGACUUCAUUUCUAUAUAUUGCUGGUCAAAUUCAUGACCCUCAAUAACCAGUCACCGGAAUUAGUGUCAAAAAAGAGAUGCCCUUUUUAAAUAAACUGUUUCCUUUCUGUUAACUCUCACUACAUUAUGAGGUUUGAUAAUAUGUUUCUGGCAGUAAUUCCGUUGGUUCUUUGAAGUCACACUCUCAUUACCUUAAACUGGAGACUCUGUAAAGUUACAAUUCACUGAUUUGGUCACCUUCUGUAACUAAACACUUCUUCUUUUUUUUUCCUAUAAUUUUCCAUUUGAAGUAAAAAUUUCCCAGUUGCUAAAACUAAGAGAUUUUGGGGGGGAUUCUUGCAGUGCACUUGUGUGAUCUGGAAACAUAUUCCCCUGAGGAACAGUUACCUUCACCUUGGCUACGUCUCCCACAUUGAGCCUCUCCAGGCACAGCCCAAAACUCUAACUUCUCCAGACCCCAUCGUCCAAUUCAUACAGACCCAUCUGCCUCAUCUUCAAUUCUCUACUCAAUGAAAAAAGAAAUAGGAUGUUUGCAGUAAAGUUUUACCAUCCCCUCCAAAUUGCAACAGUGACAUCUAGUAGGUAUUGCCUAAGAAGUAGGUCUUGACAUAAUGGAGAAAAUCCGUUCUGGAGGAAAGCUAGUUUUCAAACAGAUUGGAGCAAGAAAUAUAUUUGAGCACACCAUUAUGUGACAUCAAGUGGGUGGCAGAGGUCUCGGUAGGUGACAGUUCUGUGUUCUACUUCUUCAUCUCUCUCCAGUGCAAUUCCAGAUGCUGCACAGCAGGGGUUACUUGAAAAGUUUGAUGCUCUAGGCACCUUCACAUGACUGCACUGGUGCCUAAACCAUUUUUUAUCCCUUCAUAUGUGUCACUUUGCUUUACAGGUACAUCUUUCUCAGUAUUUUCCCACAUUGUCUGUAAGCUUCGCUGUUUUCUAUUCUCAUGGCCAGUGUAAUAUUGCUGUUCCAAAACCCCAAUCUAUUUUCCUCUGAUGGCAACUAUACAGAAAAACAUUCCAGAGAGGAUGGCCAAUCUUGGAUAAGGUGUCUUUUUCAUAGUCCAGUCAUCUCUGACUAGAGAAAAAGAUCCCAUAAACCUAGCUACCAGCAAAAGGUCCCAUGGAAGAAAAAUCAUGGGUGGAGCAAAUAUUUUUUUUUAAAGGUACCUACUACAACAGUUGAAAUAUAGUGAUUAUUUUAUCAAUUUAAAUGAGUCAUUCAUAUUUACGUAGUAUGUAAAUAUUCAUCUUUGGUUAGUUUUUGGCUAAAUAAAAUGUUAUUGAUUGGAUUAAUUUUUAAAAUAAGGGGUUUUUUAGUUAUCGUAGGAUUUCAUCUCAGAAUUCUAUGCUUUUCAUCCAGCAUGUCACACUUCCAGAAUACCACAUCCUCUUCCAUCACUUUCCUGCUGACUGGUGUUCCUGGGCUGGAAGCCUCCCACACCUGGAUCUCCAUUGCCUUCUGCUUUCUCUAUGUGACUGCUCUCUCAGGAAACAGCCUGAUUCUCUUGGUCAUUGUCACCCAGUCAAGCCUUCACGCACCCAUGUACUACUUCCUCUCCAUGCUGUCCACCACUGACCUUGGCUUGUCCGUUUCCACCCUGGUCACCACGAUGGGCAUAUUCUGGUUCAAUGCCAGGGAGAUCACCUUUAAUGCCUGCUUGUCACAGAUGUUCUUUAUUAAACUCUUCACUGUCAUGGAAUCGUCCGUGCUGUUGGCCAUGGCCUUCGAUCGAUUUGUGGCCAUCUCUAAUCCUCUCAGGUAUGCCACCAUUUUAACCGACUCCAGAAUCAUUCAAAUUGGAGUGGCCAUUGUCAUCAGGGGGACACUUACGCUGACACCAAUGGUAGCACUUCUUACAAGACUGUCCUUCUGCCACAGCCUCGUGCUCCACCUCUACUGCUUCCACCCUGACGUGAUGAAGCUCUCGUGCACAGACACCACAGUCAACAAUGCAGCUGGGCUGACUGCCCUGAUCUCUACCGUUGGUGUGGACUCAGUCCUCAUACCCUUUUCUUAUGUUUUGAUCAUUAACAUCCUCAGCAUCGCAUCCCCGGAAGAGAGGAAGAAAGCCUUCGGCACAUGUAUCUCCCACAUUGGGGCUGUUGCUCUUUUCUAUAUUCCAUUGAUCAGCCUGUCCUUUGUUCACAGAUUUGGGAAACGAGCCCCAGCCUAUGUACAUACUCUGAUUGCUAACACCUACCUGCUGAUCCCUCCUGUAAUGAACCCCAUCAUCUACAGUGUGAAGACCAAGCAGAUACGCAGAGCUGUGAUAAAAGUUCUCCAUCCCAAAGACACAUAGAAUCAUAGAAUUCUGUAGGUGGUCUAUGUCAGGUCGUAUGACCAGUUGAAAAAUAAAUCUGGCGAUUGUUGAAGCUAAGUGUGCAAAUAUUGAAAAUCAAAGCUGAAAGAGAUACAGAAAAUCAGCUCAAUGGAGACCUUUAUUUUAGAAAUGAUGAGAUGAGAGACACAAGAAUAGAAGGAAUGAAUAGCCUAACUAUUCAAAUAUGCCCCUAGUGCAAGUUACUUAAUAUUCUGUGCUUCAAAUACUUAUGUUUCUUAUCAAUGAGAAAAUUGAAACACAGAAGAUGAAGGAACUUGCUUAAAUGGCUAGUAAGUGUCAGAGCCACAUUUCACAUCCAUACAAACUGACUCCAAGGUGCCCUCACUCUUAACUUGAAUGCUGUAUUGCUAUAUACAGUAUUAUCAAUAUAUUUAUAUAUCUAUGCUAUAUUUAUAUAUAAUAUAAACAUAUAUAUGCAAUAUAGUGCAUAUUUACACAUGAAGUAAUUAACUUGUACUAGGGGACAUAAUUUAUCCAAACACACAAAUGAAAAACAAAACUGUCCUCUAAAAAUUUUCAAACAAUUUAUGGAGGAAAAGACCCCUCAAAAAUAUCAAAACCGCACAAAUAUAUUCCUACCUGAUGUUCUUUCCCAACUUUCUCCACCCUCCAUCAACUUUCUGCCUCAGCAGAAACUGAAAAGUGACAGAAAUACAAAGGAAUUACAAUUUGUAUUAUUUGCUUAGAUUUUUUUAAAAUUGUGACAUAUAUUUCAUGUAAUGGCUUAAUCUAGCAAGUUAAUUAUUUUUUCCAACUGUCCACAUCAAAAUCCUCAACAUGUUUGAUAACAGUAUUUUCAGUCUCAAUUACCAUCUUCCUAGUCUUUGUAUGUUGAGAUGUCCUGGGACUUUGCUAUGUUCUAUUCUUUAUAUUCUCAGUUUUGGUCAUUUCAUCUAGUUAUCAUCAUGACUUUAAAUACCAUCUGUAUGCUGGCAAAUCCAAAAUUAAUGUUUAUAGUCCAACUCAUAUCCUGUUGCCUGUGUGUCAGUAUCUCCAUUUGAACAUCUACCAAUCAUCUUAGACUUAACAUGUCCAAAACCUAUCUUAAUAUUCAUGUAAAAGAUAAAAACUCUCAACCAGUCUUCCAUGACUCACAAACUCUGCCUUUCAAGUUGCUGUGAUGGAACCCUGGAGUUAUUUCUGACUCUUGCCUGUCUCUCCCGCUCCACAUCCAUCCUUUCAGCAAGGGCUGAUGACACGUCAUUGCAGGUAGUCUAGAUGUUGCUAGCUGGAGUACACCUAGUUUCUGCUACCUCUGCCGCUCCCACCAUGAUCCAAGCCAUCACCACCUUGAACCUGAAUCCAGUAGCCUCCUGCCGGAUCCUCCUUUAAUCCACUUGUAGUUUACAGUACAGCCUAUUUUCCCCACUGUAGUUGGAGUGAUUUUGGGAUACGCAAGACAGAUCAUGUGUAUCAUGUAAUACGCAAGGCCUGUGCAACAUGGUCUAAAGGCCUCCUAUCUUGCCCAGGGCACAUUCACAGCUGUCAUAAUAUCUUAUAAGGAUUUAUGUGUUGAGUCCUCUGUGUUAUCUCAACUUCAUCUGCCACUGCUCUCCCCUUUAUUUGCCCUGCUGCAUCUGCAUAAGCCUCCAGAUUCUCCCUCAAACUCACUGUGCACGCUUCACCUUCAGACUUUGCACUUGCUCUCCUUCCUCCUUGGAUGCUCUUCCUCCAGACGCUCAAAGGGCUUCCUGCCUUGCUUCACGCAGCCUCUGCUUCUGUGUCUCCUUAUUAUAAGGCCCUUUACAGCAUAAAAAAUCAUCAUGACAAAUCCCUCCCUCAGUUAAUGCCUGCAUUCACGCGCUCCCUUACCUGCCUUGUUUUAAUUUCUAGCACUUUCGCCCCUCCCCAACGUAUUACAUACCUGUUUAUUUCUUUCCUAGUGUCCCCAUGACAAGGUACGUUCUUUGAGAAUAAAGACUUUGUUUCAUUUAUGCUGCCUUCCAGACCCUAAACCAACACCUGCCAGAUAGAAAAAUAAUAAAAAAUCUCUGAACGACCUGGCUCUAUUUACUUCUCAAGGCUCAUUGCUUCUCCUCUAUGCAAUGCUCCAGACAUAACUGACAACUUGCAUUUCCUUAGCCCUGAUUGCUCCAUCCCACUUUCAAGCCUUUGCAUAAGCUGUCACCUCCAUCUACAGCACCCUCCCUUCUCCUAAGUUAGAACAGAAGUGACUUUCCUUCAGAGACUUUUUCACGACUUCUCAAGCCUGUCUGGUGGCCUUUCCAGGUGCUCAUGCAGCACCUUGUGUUUCUUCCUCAUGACAUGCCUUUUCAGACUCUACUGCAACCAUUCUCCCCACAACAGACACUGCCCACUACUCAAGACCAGGGACCACAUCCUAUUCUCCAUUGGAAAUAAGUGAAAAAGCGAAGAUGAUGGGGACGUACAGACUCGAUUUUUGUUUGUUUCCACACAUGGCCUAAGAUGGACCAUGGAGAAGGAAAAGGCAAGGAGAAGGGGGCUUGGGCUAGAGAAGGACGGGGUACUCCAAGACCUAAACAUGGGAAGGGAAGAUGGAACUUCACUCAAGAACUAAACAGCCAAGAUGUGCACACUCCUCCACAGAUGUUUCCCCCCCACCACGUCUCCCCCCAACACACACACUAACAUGUGAAAAGCCAAACUGUCCGACAACCCUGGAAACUUGUAAGCUUCCGUUCCUAGAUGAUUUGGACCCUUAGGUGGUUGCCGAGCAAAUGUCACCUCUGACCCAAGGGACAGGCUCACAGUGAAUCGGAGACUUUCCUAAGGGCCAGAGUGGUGGUAGGUACCUAACCACUGUCAGAGUUACUGGAAG